AUGAACAAUGAGCAGUUUGGCCAUAGUACAGCAUCCGCACAAUAUUUCCUGCAAUUGGCCGGUUAUUUGGGUAUACCGGUAAUUUCAUGGAACGCUGAUAACUCAGGCUUGGAGCGUCGUGCUUCACAAUCAACGCUUCAACUUCAGCUAGCUCCAAGUAUAGAACAUCAAAGUGCGGCAAUGUUAAGCAUAUUGGAACGUUAUAAAUGGCAUCAAUUUUCGGUGGUGACGUCCCAAAUAGCUGGACACGAUGAUUUUGUACAGGCUGUACGAGAACGAGUCGCAGAGAUGCAAGAUCAUUUCAAGUUUACCAUUUUAAAUGCGAUCGUUGUAACGCGUACAAGUGAUUUAAUGGAACUUGUUAACAGUGAAGCUAGAGUCAUGCUACUCUACGCUACACAAACUGAGGCCAUAACUAUUCUUAGAGCUGCCGAGGAUCUAAAGUUAACGGGUGAAAAUUAUGUAUGGGUAGUCAGUCAAUCGGUUAUCGAAAAGAAAGAUGCCCAUCCGCAGUUUCCGAUUGGCAUGUUGGGAGUACACUUCGAUACAAGCAGUGCCGCGUUGAUGAGUGAAAUAUCGAAUGCUAUUAAAAUAUAUGGUUAUGGUGUCGAGGCUUACGUUUCCGAUCCAGCAAAUCGGGGGAAAAAGCUCAAUACUCAAUCGUUGUCAUGCGAGGAUGAAGGUCGUGGCCGCUGGGACAAUGGCGAACUAUAUUUGCGCAAUGUUUCUAUAGAGGGUGAUUUAAAUAAACCCAAUAUUGAGUUUACGGCCGAUGGUGAUUUAAAGUCGGCUGAACUGAAAAUUAUGAAUUUACGUCCAAGUGCUAACAAUAAGAAUUUAGUUUGGGAAGAGAUCGGCGUAUGGAAAUCGUGGGAGACACAAAAACUGGAUAUACGCGAUAUUGCCUGGCCAGGUAAUUCGCAUGCUCCGCCACAAGGUGUACCCGAAAAAUUCCAUUUAAAAAUCACAUUUCUCGAAGAGGCACCCUAUAUCAAUCUAUCGCCCGCCGACCCAGUUAGUGGCAAAUGUCUCAUGGAUCGCGGUGUCCUGUGUCGAGUGGCAGCCGAUCAUGAGAUGGCUGACAUUGAUGUGGGACAGGCACAUCGCAACGGAUCUUUCUAUCAAUGUUGCAGUGGUUUUUGCAUCGAUCUUCUCGAGAAGUUUGCCGAAGAGCUGGGUUUCACCUAUGAACUGGUACGGGUCGAAGAUGGUAAAUGGGGUACACUUGAGAAUGGUAAAUGGAAUGGUUUGAUUGCUGACUUAGUUAAUCGUAAAACCGACAUGGUACUUACGUCGCUGAUGAUCAAUACAGAACGCGAGGCUGUGGUAGACUUUAGUGAGCCAUUCAUGGAGACUGGCAUAGCUAUUGUUGUAGCGAAACGGACUGGUAUAAUUUCGCCGACUGCCUUUUUGGAACCAUUUGAUACCGCCUCGUGGAUGCUAGUAGGCAUAGUGGCUAUACAGGCGGCCACGUUCAUGAUAUUCCUAUUUGAAUGGCUAUCACCUAGUGGUUACGAUAUGAAACUCUAUUUACAAAACACUAAUGUAACACCAUACCGCUUUUCCUUAUUUCGUACGUAUUGGUUAGUUUGGGCGGUACUCUUUCAAGCUGCCGUACACGUAGACUCACCGCGUGGUUUCACCUCACGAUUCAUGACGAACGUUUGGGCUCUCUUUGCUGUGGUGUUUCUCGCCAUAUACACUGCCAACUUGGCGGCCUUCAUGAUCACCAGAGAAGAAUUUCAUGAGUUCACUGGUUUGAACGAUAGCCGUUUGGUGCAUCCGUACUCCCAUAAACCUUCUUUUAAAUUUGGCACCAUUCCCUACAGUCACACAGACUCUACUAUCAACAAAUACUUUAAGGAAAUGCAUUACUACAUGAAACAGUAUGUCAACACAAAUCGAAUUUCCUAA